AACUCCGCGUCCGUUACCGACCAGACAGAACCAAACUUAUAUAUUAAUUACUCCACGGAUUGAUCCUUAAAAUAUCUACAAUAUUGCAAGGGUGUUUGGUUGUCUUGUAGAGAAAGAGAUAGAAAGAAGAAGAUGGAUUUUGAGCUGAGAAGAGCGAGAGAGAAGUUAGAGAAAGAACAGAAAGAGAGGAAAGAAAGAGCCAAGCUUAGACUUGAUAGAGAGAGGAAAGCCAAAGAAGAGGCAAGAAAGCAAAGAGAAGCCAUCGAAGCUGUUCAUCGAUCUCGAAGGCUCGAUGCCAUUCAAGCCCAGCUCAAGGUUGAUGAGCAAAUGCAAGAAAAUUUGCUUGCAGGGAGAGGAAUAGUAUUUUCUCGCAUCCUAGAAGCUGUAUCUUUUCAGGGUAGUGGAGAUAAGAUUAAAUUACCUCCUUCUUGCUUCACAGGAUUGUCUGAUCAAGGUGCAUUUGAUAAAGGACCAUUGUAUUUCCAAUUAUCAGUGGUUCAUCAAGAAGGUUCUUCAGAGAUGAUUGACACUGACUCAAAGCAGUCGACGACCCACUCAGGUGUUCUUGAGUUUACUGCAGAAGAGGGUUCAGUAGGGCUUCCUCCUCAUGUAUGGAGUAACCUCUUUCCCGUAGAUUCUCCAAAGGCUCCUUUGAUUGAGGUUCAGUAUGUCUGGCUGCCUAAAGGAACUUAUGCAAAGCUUCAGCCAGAUGUUGUUGGGUUUUCAGACUUACCCAAUCAUAAGGCUGUACUUGAAACAAGCCUUCGGCAACAUGCUACGCUUUCUGAAGGUGAUGUGAUCACUGUCAACCAUGGGAUACUGACAUACAAGUUACAGGUUCUGGAGUUGAGACCUUCGUCGAGUGUCUCUGUCUUGGAAACAGAUAUUGAGGUUGAUGUUGUUGGUCCAGAUUCAGGUCUGGAGAGCAGUCAACCUGUGCUGAAGCCUCUUAUAUUUGGGAAGGCAGAAUCUGGGAUGGUGGAAGAAGGAAACUAUAACUAUUUUAAAUUCUCUAUUGAUAAUGAUAUUUGGGACAGAAUUGCUGCUGAGGAUGUUAGGGUCGAGGUAAGGAUAGAGGCCGAGACCAAUAAUGGCGAUACUGAUCUUUACAUGUCAAAGCAUCCUCUUAUGUUUCCAACCAGACACCAACAUGAAUGGUCUUCUCAUGAUAUAGGUUCAAAAGUUUUGAUACUUGGCUCUAAGGAUAAGAACUUGGGAAUGGGUGCUUACAGCAUUGGUGUACAUGGUUUCAAAGGAACAACAAAGUACAAUGUAGCAGUGAGUGUUCAAGAGAAUAGCAACCACAAGGUGGGUCAACAAGCUGGAUCUUCAUCGUCUAUGGACAUUGAUGCUGUAGAGUGUAGGAACUGCAAGCAUUUUAUACCCAGCAGAAGUAUAGCAUUGCACGAAGCCUUCUGUAGCAGACAUAAUAUUGUUUGUUCGCAUCCUGGCUGUGGAAUUGUUCUGAGGAUUGAAGAGUCCAAAAACCAUUUGCACUGUGACAAAUGUGGGCAAGCUUUUCAACAGGGUGAAAUGGAGAAGCACAUGAAAGUUUUCCAUGAACCACUUCAAUGCCCAUGUGGGGUGGUCCUUGAAAAGGAACAGAUGGUACAACACCAGGCUUCAAUCUGUCCCGUCCGUCUUAUUACAUGCCGGUUUUGUGGUGACAUGGUUCAAGCUGGGACUUCAGCUAUGGAUGUGCGUGAUCGAUUGAGAGGAUUAACUGAGCAUGAGAGUGUUUGUGGAUCUAGAACUGCUCCAUGCGACUCUUGUGGACGAUCAGUGAUGUUGAAGGAGAUGGACAUACACCAAAUUGCUGUCCAUCAAAAAAGUUGAUGCCCUACACGAGUUAUCUGUUGAAGGUGCUGCCCAUGUGGUCGUGUUGUGUAGAUGCAUGAUAUAGCAAUCUAUUAAAUUGUGAUCUGACCCCGGUCUCGUUGCUCUGGGCUGUUGGAGUCCAUGAUUGAUGUUCAAGCUGACUGGUGUCCAUAUGGAAAGGCAUGACUCAGACAGUUGAUCAUGUCAAUGUAAUGUUAUUAAUAUUAAUAUUGCCUUCAUCUC